AAUGAACAUGAGCAAUCUAUCCUUUAUACGUAUGAUGAAACAGCAGGGGAGGUAUCAGUACUGUCCAAAGUGUCGUAUGGCUGUUGAGAGGAUAACUGGCUGUGAUAUGAUGCAUUGUUCGCAGUGUGGUGCAAGCUUUUGUUGGCAAUGUGGUAUGUACAACUAAUGAAUUUUAAUGUGUCUUAUAAAGGGCAGUGCUGCAGUGUACGGAGAUUAAAGUUAAAAUCCCUUUAAUGGGGCACCAAAGGUUCAGAACCAUCUGCAUUACACAGGGGUCUGUAUUAUAGAGUUAGGGAACAGGUGAAGUUUGGUAUCUUUGGGACCUGCAGGUGAAUUUUCCAUAAUAGAGAGAGCUGUCUGUAUUAUUUUAGCAGUAUCCAUAACUAUAGAUUCAACUGUGCCUUAAUUGUUGAAAUUCAUUUAUUUUGCUUCUAUGGUGAAGACGAGAGGUUAAAACAGUAUUAAGUACCCUUGUUUUCAUGAGAGAAAAUAGAAAGAUAUGAAAAUGCUAGUCUGACCUUUUCUCUAAAACAGGCUAUUUGAAAGAGUGUUGGUUUGAGGGGGCAGGGGGAAAUUGUCACUGGCCAAGAACAUUACCAAAAAAGCAGUCAUAAGACACAUGGUUCAUCCCUUUCAAAACGAUGGCUUAAAAUCCACUCAUACCCACCCCUGCUGAAUUGUCUACAAUUAACCUUAACCACCUCUAGUGUCGGGAUCACUCCGCCAUUUUGUUUGCAUACAACUGUGCAUCUUGCAAUAAUCUUGAGUUGAAACUGAUCUGGUGCUUUUAUCUUUUUACAUGUGCAAAAGCAUUAUUAAGUGCAAAGCUGUAUAUCCUACAUGUACAUCACAACACAAUAAGAGAUGUGAGAGACUCAUAACUUGAGGCUUGUACAUGUGUGAGCUUUCUUGUACUUCCUGUACUGUAUAUUGUUAUUAAGACAGGAUCUACCAGGAAAUUGAGUAAAAAUUAAUAAUAAUUAUAAUUAUUUUAAUUUUCAGUGGACAAAAUUAACCUUGUCCCAGAAUAUUUUAAGGCAAUUAUCGCAUUCUUUUUUACACUUUUCAAGGGCUUUAGAUAUAAUUAGUUAUCUGUAAUAACUCCAAAGACAAUUUCUUUUGGGAGCCUGCGAAAAGAAAAUUCAAAUUUCAAAGGAACUGAGAAAACAUGGGUAAAAUCAUCAUACACAAGAUUUCAUUUCGUGAAAUUUGAAGCUUUUGAAAUUUGUUUUCUCGGGCUCUUAUAAAAACCUUUUCUUUGGAGUGAUUUUAUAUAAGGUAUUACAUUUAUAGCCCUUGAAAAGUGUGAAAAAGAAUGCACUAUGGUUGAAAUUAUUCUGGUACAAGGUUUUUGCCCACUGAAAAUUAAAAUUAUUCAAUUUCCUAAUGGACUCCAGGGUGCAAAGAAAGUCAGUUUUACAGCCUGCCAUUCGGGCAAGCUGUAGCUAGCAUGUACUAGCCCACAAGUCAUUUCAACUAGCCCAAAAACUCUUUUUGAUUGCAGGAUUGAUUACCAUCCUUCUGUAAUUUGAAUUUCCCCAAAACAUUCACUUGCCCAUCGGGCAAGUUAAGAACAGAAUUCACUAGCCCGAAAGCAAAAUCCACUAGCCCCAAGCUAUCGGACACGACUUUCUUUGCACGCUGGAUUCUGUCAAUUGCUACAUAUAAUUGACCAAUCAAGAUAUUAUUGCUGAAAUAUUAAAUUUUUCAUGCCCAGUUCCUAUUUAGGAGAUACAAUCUGAUCAAUUUCUAGUUUUACAGGCAAACAAUAACACAAUCCAUAAAUUAUUUUGUGCCAUAACAAUAUAAAUCUAAUAAUAUUGUCUUUUUUUUUUUUAAGGUUGUCCUUCAGUUUAUUCUAUUAAAUUAUUCCAAUAAACACUUCUUUUUUCUUUAGGAAAGGCAAUAUCUGGCUAUGACCAUUUUGGAAACUGUGGGAGGCUCGAACCAGGUUUCCGCAUACCCGUCAGACAGCCAACAGUGGGUGAAAAUUUGAUUGAGAAGUAUCGUAAGGCCAACCCAAGAAGAAGAUUAUGAACAAAGCUAUGUCCC